AUGCAUCUACCACUCAUACACGGAUCUUUCAUAUUCGUGUGGCUCCUCUUUAUACGAGCCGUGUUGGCUGACCAGUUCACAUAUAAGGCUUGCUAUUCGGCAAGCGACAUCCGAAAAUUGGGGCUGACUUACAAAGGUGUUUAUGAGUAUCAAUCGGUUUCGUACUGUGAGAACGAGUGUUCUGGCCAGGCUGUCGUUGCCCUUUUCGACGGUACAGGCUGUUACUGUGGUGGUUCGGUAUCUCAAGUGCAAUCCUUGACCCAGCUAGAUGCCAGUAAAUGUGACGUUAAUUGCGCUGGUUGGCCCUACCAAAAGUGUGGUGGUUCUUCUGCCAUGAACGUUUACAUCAAUAACGCUGCCUCUACCGCGGACUCAUCUUCAUCUACCGCGUCCUCAACAUCGUCAACAACAUCGUCAUCGAGUACAAGCGUUAGUUCGAAAACGUCCUCGAAAUCGGACACGAAAACUUCAACUAGCUCUUCUGCUACUCAAACAUCCUCCUCCUCUCCCUCAACCGCCACUGCCACCUCCUCUCCAAAAACGACUACUUCCCCUUCUACCACUUCUUCUACUACUAGUUCUACCAGCGCUUCUUCCUCUUCUUCCAGUUUAGAAACGUCUUCUACACAGACAACUUCUUCAUCCACCACAUCAUCUUCACCUUCAUCUUUAUCUUCAUCUUCGACGGCAACGUCUACACCCGCUCCUUCGUCCAGUUCCAUAGAUACGCCUACUCAUUACACUACUCUCGUCGUGACUCAGUCCGUCGUCAGUCAAGCCAAUGAACAAGCAAGCGCGAUACUUGUUACAAGGACCUCCGUUUAUGAGAUGGCUUCAUCUACGUCGUCCUCUACUAGUACCUCUCUGAGUGGUAAGUCGAGCUCUUCCAAGAGCAAAAGUUUAAGCGGCGGUGCCAUUGCAGGUGUCGUGGUAGGUGUCGUUUGUGGUACCGUCGUCCUGCUAGCGUUGGCCAUUUUUUAUUUUGUUUGGAAGAAACGUCGCCAAUCUACUCAACACGUAGACUUAGAAGAGACAAAACACUACCAGCCUUACUCGUUGGGUGAUGCCGAUGCUAUCCCCGCUAUUCCACCAUCUGCUUCCACUCCCAACUGGCACAUACCAUCCAGAAAUAACACGGCAUUAUCCAAGAACACAACUUCUACUUUCGGCGCCUAUGAUCUGCCGACAAGGUUACCGGGUGGUAGAGAAUCUACCGUGGCUGGUGAUGCCCAUAAUGUCAGUAGAAGAAGCCGUCUCCCCUCAGUGGUGUAUGAAGAACCUCCUUCGAUCUAUAACGGGAACCAAAGAUUCAGCGCUACUUCGUUACCGGAUAUGAUGGAAGAAAGACAAUUACACAUUGUAAAUCCCGAUGAUGCAAGUUCGAAUACUGGCAGUAAUGCCUCUAAUGGUGACGAUGAUUAUGAUGAUACAAAGGUUUCCAAUAACAGUUCUUUGCACUGA